GCAAAUCAAAGAGAAUUUGUUAUGGGGAAAACUGGACAUGUUAUCCUGCUUUAGUGACUUCAUCGCAGUCAAUUGCUAGAAUUCAAGCAAAGCGACAGGAGACGAUGGAAAAGCAGUGAACAUAGCUCACGAUGAAUAUGCGAAUAUGCACAAGGUGACAGCUGCCAAUCAUUCGAAGUGCAUAAAGAUGACUGGUUCACUCUACAUGACGUCACAAGUCAAGAAAAUAAAUAUUGAAUUGGUGUGAGAAUAGAAGGUUUCACCUUGCACUACAAACUGCGCUGAAGACGGCUAAGCAAGUUCGUCGAACAAAACAAAGUUCACACUCAUACAGAGCAGAGAAUACCAUACAAACAAAGCCAUUAGCUGCGAGGCUUGGAGAGAAAUUAGAACUGUUAGAAGAUUAGCCUAUAAAAAAAAAGAUAUUGACGGUUAAAGCCAAAACAAAGACGUAAAAUACGCCAAGUUCUUCAAUCCUCAGGGCGACUGGAUUUCCGCCAAGCUGUUUUGUAUACUAAACAAACUGUGUCCUAUAUUAAAGAGUGUGAUAUAUUUAAAAAGAAAAACACCACAACAUAAUUUCAGACAAGAGGGAAUUAUGCCCUCUUAUCUUGCUCGAUGACUUCGCAUAAAUCAUUCGUUAUACAAUGUAAUAUAACCGAUAACCAGUUCCGUAUCACUUCAUAUUAAAAUUGCUCUAUCUUUUUUUUGCGGAGGGCCCAAUGCUCAUGAUUUUUUCUAAGACGUCUACAAAUUUACUUAUGCAUAUAACAUGUACAGAAAAGACUACACAUUUUCAAAUUUUAUUAUGAUUUAUAUGUUUUUUUAUGUUUGCUAAUAGUGAUAGUAGUUCCGUAGCAGCGGUUAUAGUUCCGUAUCACUAAAAAAAUCUAUCGUAUGGUACGAGGUUUUUCAUCUGAAAAUUUAAAGAUAUUUACUGAAAAACAUAUCACAUCCCUUCCUUUAUGCUCAUAAUUAAUGUAUAAAAAUGGUUUUAACUUUGCAAUGCAGCAGGUUAACAAACCAACAAUCGUCAAUGGGCUUUCGCUCGCGUGUCGCUAACAAAUCCAUAUUGCAAGAAUCAAAACGGUCUGAUAUAAUUCUUCCAAAAUAAAUGCCACAACCCACACAAAUAUGGCACGAAAAUGGCAAAAUAAAAAUGCAGAGGAUAACCACAGGCGCCCCAAGUUUAGUGGUCUUCUUGUAUGAAACAGCUUCGAUACUAAAGUUUAUGGACAUAGAAGAAGUCUGAAGUCUUACAAGAAGUCUCUGUCUCUGUGUCGUUUUCUUUCCUAUUUGAGCCGUUUUGGAAGUUCAGAGGAGGCACCGCCAAUACCUCGAACCCCGGAGACUUCUUGUAAGACUUCAGCCUUUUAUUGUGCACCAAAUCCAUUACUAAUUCUUUUGUUUUUAAUACGUUUCUAUGUCCAUAUAUAAACUUUAGUAUCGAAGCGGGUCCAUACGAGACCACUGAACAUGGGGCGCCUGUGGUAUAACAGGACAAGGUGAGACCUAGAAUUGGGUGAUUUAUUUUGUUUAUUUUCGUGCACGAAAGCUCAAGCAACAAGCCGUUUUUAUUUUCAAGAAUAAAAUGUGAAUGCUACGACCGCCAAUGCUUUGUUGUCGUUCUUUUAAGAUUUCUGCAAUCACACAUCCCUUUGUAAGUUUGCCAGCUAAUGAUUUAACUAUGGUUAAUCUUGGCCGUUUUAUUUAAUCAUCCUAGCAUAUUGAUAUAUCAAUCACAGUUUCAAUAAAUUAUUAUAGAAUUAUAUUUUAUCAGGCGCUAAAAAAUAUCCAGAAGGUUGUCUUUCAAAUGAAGUUAUUUAUUCAGCCGAAUGACUGAAAUCUAAGGCCCACAUAAUAAAAAUUAACAGUUAAGAUUUGACAUUAUUGGGAAUGAAAUGAGCAAUUGAGAUGUGUAUAAACAAAUCCAUCCUUUUCGCGGCUUUUUUUUGGCAGUCAAACCAAAAACACACUAUGGGCGUAGGAUGAUACGGAACUAUUAUACAACGACUUCCGUGAAGCACGAAAAACUAAAAGCAAUGUAGAUCGAAAAUAUCGCAUCAAGCCAGAAAAAAAAACAUACACAUUAGCAGACAUUCUUUCUUCUAAGCAUUCGUAUAAAAAUUAGGACAUUUUUGUUAGAGGAGGUAUUGUUUUCAUUAGAUGAAAUAACCUCGAUUUAUAUCUCAGGAAAGGUUAAUAGUUUUGUAUCAUUUAGGUAGUUUUGGGUUGUUCAAAUCUACAAUGAUAUUCGAGGCAAAAAAGAUUAAAAAUAUGCUGAGUGAUACGGUACUAUGACUGCUACGGAACUGGUCAUCGUACUAUUCCCUUUUUGCGAUCAUAUUAAAAAGGAAGAAUACUAGAAUUCUUGUUUUCAGGGAUAAAAGGAUAAAAUGUUCCCGAACCUACCGGUCUUCUUGUGGAUUCUCGUUUUCGCGCAAGUUCAAGGUAGCGAGAACAUGACGUCACAGGUGUGUCUGGCCCCAGCGUGCGAGUGCUCUCUCGACACAAAUGGGCUUCUAAUGGCAGCUUGUAAGGUCCAACAUCUAGGCGACAUCAGGGCAAAUAUCCUACAUCCUCGAAACGUGUCUUCGCUGGUUUUGCAUGUCGUUGCUGGAUUUACCGUCCCUUCCAAUGGACUGCAAAUGUUUACAAAUCUCAUAAACCUGACACUUGAAAACAACAGUAUCAGUGCCAUCGCACCUCACGCAUUCAAAGGAUUAGACAAUUUACAGAGUCUAAAUCUCCGUCACAAUAACAUUAGUUUAUGGGAAGGGAACAUUUCACGUGAUCUUCCAAGUUUAGAAAUUCUCGAACUUGACGGUAAUCCUGUUUGGAAACCAACCAAUAACGUCCUUGAGCUGGGCUCGCUGAAAGAGAUCAGGGGACUGGCAUGGAGUGAGGCGUGCGGUGCGGGAUGCAAUCUCGUGAAAAACCUGACUGAUCCAAAGAUCGCUCAGUACGCGAAAGGACAUUUUGACCAGUAUGUCGUAUGGCAUUGCAGAGGAUUUGAAUUCACUGUUAGCGAGACGACACGGACAUUUGCGCGGUAUAACUUUCUCCCUACGUGCUUUGACACUAACAUAAAGUGUUACUCCUCGGAGGUUGUAAAAGUUCCAAGACAUCGGUGCUGGGAUACGGACAACAAAUUUCUCUACGUGGAAUACUUCAUAGGGAUUGCCGUGAUCAUACUCAACUUCAAUGUGGUUGUGAUCACUUCCACGACUCCUCUGCUGAGGAACAACAUUGCGAUGCUUCUCGUGUCGAACUUGGCCAUAAGUGACUGUGUUAUCGGCGUAUACAGCAUAUGUGUCACUGCAGCGAGACAGAGCGCCUCUUACCAGGUCUACGUUACCUUCCUCGACCGCUUGUGUUCGGUGCUAGGCUUCAUGUGGGUGCUGGGACAAUUUGAGACAAUCCAGACGUCGCUUCUGCUCACAAUGGAACGCUAUGCAACCAUAGUGUUCGCAAUGCGCCCGAGAUUUAAACCAACUCAACGUGUUGCUCUGACGGCGGCAGGUAUCAGCUGGUGUAUUGCUAUCUGCGGAGCUAUCCUCCCUCUGGCGGGUAUUGGCUCUUACGUCACCAACACGUACUGCGUGCCUAUUCAGCCAUCGCAGUCAGUCCCCUCAACGUAUGCGUACAGUGUCGGCGUUGCCUUAUAUGGGAUAUUACUAUACGCUAUUACUAUUCCUCUGUACAUUCACAUAUUUCUAUUCGUGAGUAAGACAAGUCACCAGGCGGGCGUCAAACGUGACGGUAAGAUCGCCAGGAGAAUCGCGCUUCUUGUCGUCAGUAACAUGGUUUUCUUCAUAACGCCAAUCAUUAUUUGCUUAUUGUGGCUUCUCACAGACAUCUUCAAGAAAGACAUUUCCGUGGAGGGAAGGAACGUGCUGGUUGGAGUUUUUCCGACGUUUUGUUUUACGUUUAAUAGUUUUCUAAACCCUCUUCUGUACGCGUACAGAAACUCACGAUUCAAGAUCGUGCUCAAGCAGAAGAUGAGGCGCGUGUUCCAGAAGAACGUGGUUAUGGACAUUUCAUUAAGGUCUACUAGCAAGGCAACCUAGGCGAAAAAAAUAUAUUAUGAAUAAGACAUUUAUUCAAGAUCUACUAAUAAAGCAAAAAUGAAAGCUA